CUUAGAUAUACACACAAUUAUAUACAAAAAAAAUUAUAAACUUUGUUUUUAGCAAAGAAUGUGUGAUUUGAACUGACUUUGAAUUGUAUUUCAUUUUAUACUUUAGCCGAACACUGGGUGUCACUCACACAGUGCUGUUGAAAGUGUGAAACUGAUCCAACACUUUUUUUAAAUACAAGGAUUGUAUUAAAAAAAAAAAAAAAAACUGUAUGAAGGGGUGAAAGUGUUUGCCUCCUUCCUGUUUUUUUUUUUUGCAUGUUUUUCACUAAAUGUUUCAGAUCAAACAUGUAAAUAUUAGUCAAAGAUAACAAAAACAAAAUAUGCAGUUUGUAAAUUAAGGUUUUUAUUACUAAGGAAAUACAAAAUCCAAACCUACAUGGCCCUGUGUGAAAGUGCUUGCCCCCAAAACCUAAUAACUGGUUGGGCCACCCUUAGCAGCAAGAACUGCAAUCAAGCGUUUACAAUAACUUGCUACGAGUUGUUUACAGCUUUGUGGAGGAAUUUUUGGUCCACUCAUCUUUGCAGAAUUGUAAUUCGGCCACAUUGGAGGGUUUUUGAGCAUAAACCGCCUUUAAAGAUCAUGCCACAGCAUCUCGAUAGGAUUCAGGUCAGACUAGACCACUCAAGUCUUCAUUUUGUUUUUCUUCAGCCAUUCAGAGGUGGACUUGCUGGUGUGUUUAAAUCAUUGUCCUGUUGCAGAACCCAAGUUUGCUUCAGCUUAAAGGUCAUGAACAGAUGUCCACACAUUGUCCUUCGGGAUUUUUUGGUAGACAGCAGAAUUCAUGGUUCCAUUGAUCACAGCACGUCUUCCUGAAGCAGCAAAACAGCCCCAAACCAUCACACUACCACCACCAUAUUUUACUGUUGGUAUGAUGUUCUUUUUCUGAAAUGCAGUGUUACUUUUAUGCCAGAUGUGAUGGGACAAACACCUUCCUAAAAUGUUCAACUUUUGUCUCGUCAGUCCACAGAGUAUUUUCCCCAAGUGUUGGGGGAUCAUCAAGAUGUUUUCUGGCAAAUUUGAGACAAGCCUUUAUGUUCUUUUGCUCAGCAGUGGUUUUUGUCUUGGAACUCUGCCAUGCAGGCCAUUUUUGCUCAGACUCUCUUAUGGUGAAGUCAUGAACACUGACCUUAACUGAGGUAAGUGAGGCCUGCAGUUCUUUGGAUGUUGUUGUGGGGUCUUUUGUGACAUCUUGGAUGAGUCAUUGCUGUGCCCUUGGGGUAAUUUUGGUCAUCUAGCCACUCCUGGGAAGGUUCACCACUGUUCCAUUUUUUUGCCUUUUGUGGAUAAUGGCUCUCAAUGUGGUUCGCUGAAAUCCCAAAGCUUUAAAAAUGGCUUUAUAACCUUUUCCAGACAGAUCGAUCUCAAUUACUUUCUCUCUCAUUUGUUCCUGAAUUUCUGUGGAUCUCAGCAUGAUGUGAAGCUUUUGAGGAUCAUUUGUUCUACUUCACUUCAUCAGUCAGGUCUUAUUUAAGUGAUUUCUUGAUUGCAAACAGGUGUGGCAGUAAUCAGGCCUGGGUGUGGCUAAAGAAAUUGAACUCACUAUUGAACCCAUUGCUUCUGGUAGCUGCAUGCAUCAGAUACAAAACACUGAUGCUUGCCUACAAAGCCAGAAAUGGACCAACUCUCUCUUACCUCAAACUCCUCGCACUGCACCUCUCUCCCUCAGAGUUGCUAGCACUGCUCAACUGGUCCCACCAUCUCUCAAGGCCCUUCCCCCAUUCACUUUUACUUGUAAUGGAGGCAGGAUUACCAGGAUUAACUGUUGCUCAGUUUCCACACAGUCGUCCCUCUUGUACAGUAUGGGUGAGUGCAUGCAUGUGUGUGGAGCUCACAGUACAAUUCGGAUUCAAUUUUAAAACACGCAGCUUAACUCUCUACCAGACUGCAUCUGGCACGAAACCUGAAAGAGGUGCCUUUGGGAUUAAUGAAGACCACACUACACCUUCCUGCUUCACUUCUCAAAACAAUAAAGUGUGAGGCUAUUUUUGUGCCCAUGACAGUCGUUACAUCAUUUACAAAAUGAUAUUUUUGCGGAGGAAGUAUCAGAAGAAGUUGGUGCUGAUCAUCUUGAUUUUGUGCUUCAUGGUUGGGAUCUACCUACUGGACUUGAAUAUUGAUCAGAGAAGAUUACAGGUCAUAAAGAUAUACUGGGAAAACUACCAUUGGAAUGAUAUGUGGUCUUUCAAACUUGCUCUUUUUAAUAAGGGAAAGAAAAUAAUACAAAUAAAAGACCAAUUUACAAACAAUGACACAAUAGUGCGUGUUUAUUCUAAUGAAGACAAAAUGGUGGAACAAACUGGAAAUUCUCCAUUGAAGCCUGUUAAAUCGGACCAACUCUCAGAACUAGGCUUCUUUGGUGAUGAAUAUGCCGUCAAUGAUGAUAUGCCACAAACUAACUGUCCCAGCAGCAUUCAAAAAAAGGUGUUACAGACUGACUUUGCUAAGAUAUUCUUGCCCAGUGUGCCAGUCUUGCAGUGGGCGAAGCAUUACACUAAGCCAGAAUAUAAGCGGUUAUCCCACUACCACGGUGCCCAUGGAUGGGGUAGUGUCAGUGCUGAUGUUUUGAAUGAAUCUUUGGCCAUUUUAAACACUUCUGCGAACCGCCUGAUGUUUGAUGACCGGGAGAAGAGAGAGAACAAAUCUCAGUGUAUCCGCUGUGCUGUUGUCGGAAAUGCAGGAAUCUUGAAUGGGUCAAAGAAAGGCCAUGAGAUUGACCAGAACGACUAUGUGUUCAGGACAAAUGGUGCAGUUAUUAAAGGCUUCGAAGCGGAUGUUGGCUCACGUACAUCUUUCUAUACCUUCUCCACAAACACCUUACGCAACUCUCUGAGAAGUUAUGCACAUAUGGGCUAUAAACAUGCUCCACAGUCCACGGAGACGAGGUACAUUUUCCUGCCUGAUCAUGACCGGGACUAUAUUCUCAUGAGAGCUGCAUCUCUGCAAAUACCAAUCCCAAAAGGGAAAGACCGGAGUUCUACGCCUCCCAAUUAUUUUGGACCUGAUGUAACUGUAGACAAGUUUAAAAUGUACCACCCUGACUUCAUCCGUUACCUCAGGAACAGGUUUCUGCACUCAAGCAGACUCAAUGGCAGACUUAAAAACAUUUACAGGCCGUCUACAGGAGCCGUGAUGCUGCUGGCCGCGCUUCAUAAAUGUGAUGAGGUAAAUGCCUACGGAUUUAUGACACCCGACUUCAGGAAAUAUUCAGACCAUUAUUACGACAAAAAGCCUCAGAGGGUGCAUUUCUUUGCCAAUCAUGAUCUGCGAAUGGAGUUGAAUCUGUGGCAGAAGUUGCACAAGGCAGGACUGAUAAAGCUCUACAUGCGAACAUGACCCUACCUGCAAUGAAGUGAAUUAGUGAACUGUGACAUUUAAGUGCCUCUGGAUUUGGCCUACCUCACCUAAACAUAAGAGUGUAGGUAAAGACAAGGUGUGUGUGUGUGUGUGUGUGUGUGUGUGUGUGUGUGUGUGUGUGUGUGUGUGUGUGUGUGUGUGUGUGUGUGUGUGUGUGUGUGUGUGUGUGUGUUUGCAAUGUGUGACAUGCGUGUGUGUGACUCGUGUUUGUGUUACUAAAUAAACAAUCUUAUAUAAAGUUUAUACAUUCAUAGAUUUGUGGACAUUUUUAAUAAUUUCAUGCCAUUUGUUGAAUGUAACUUUUUUAAAACAAUGAAGAUAGUUGUAUGGAUGGCAGGACAAUUAGGAAUACUAUUGUUACUUCAAAUAAGACAGGAAAAAAGACAUACAGUAAUGUCUUGAAUGUAUUUCCGAGGUUUAAUUGCAUCAAUUCAAAGAGACUUCUGCUU